CUCGUUGAUAGAACCAGAAAAAAAUAAAUAUAAACUAAAUCAGCACAAACGUCAGUGCAGAGAAGAAACUUUAUUGUGAAGCAGAUCAAGCCAAAAAGGUCGUCAAAAUUAAUUAUAUCACGUAUCCAACGUCCAUGUCUUGCAAUCCUGUAGGACAUCUUCAUCCCGCGGCAUUGAUAAUGAAACCAUUGAUGUUGCCAAAGGAUGAACCAGAUUGCGAGGCAGGCGGCGAUCAAGUGAGCGAAUCAAAUUAUGACGACAGACAACAUUCUGGUGUGUACAAAUCUAGUCUUGUAAAUGAUGAUGUUGACAGUGAUAAUGAGGUUUCGAAUGAUCAGCAGCAUCUCUCAAAUUCACAUCAAUCAUUGGCACAUCAUUUGAGAUCGUCAAAUGUUAAAUUAGAGGCAGCACUAAUGGAGUUUAAUGAGGGAUUAAAUUUGAUAAAUAAACCAAAUAGUAAUACAAAUGAUGAUAACAACAAUACGAGUUCAAGCUAUAAUAGUGCAACAACCAGUAAUAAUGAUAACAACAAUAACAAUACGAGUAAUUCGGUCAAAGGUGAUGGCGUUAAUAAAACGCCACGGAAACUCUUUGAGUGCGAUGUCUGUAAUAUGAAAUUUUCUAAUGGCGCCAAUAUGCGUCGUCACAAGCAGAGGCACACCGGAGUCAAACCAUACGAAUGUCGUGUGUGUCAGAAGAGAUUCUUCCGUAAAGAUCAUUUGGCUGAGCAUUUUACAACGCACACAAAAACAUUACCAUAUCAUUGUCCAAUUUGCAAUCGUGGAUUUCAACGGCAAAUUGCAAUGCGUGCUCAUUUCCAAAAUGAACAUGUUGGACAGCAUGAUUUGGUCAAAACAUGUCCGUUGUGUAGUUAUCGUGCUGGUACAAUGAAAUCUCUACGAGUACAUUUCUUCAAUCGGCAUGGUAUUGAUUUAGAUAAUCCUGGCUCUGGAACGCCAUCGUCAUUAUUAUUAGCAUUAGAACAAUCGAAUUCUGCUCAUCUUUUGCCUGCAUUGGCUGCUGCUGCUAAUGCAAAUGCUAAUGCGUUUAGUGAUAGUGGAGAUUCUGCAAGAUCAAACGAUAACAUUACGCCACCGAUGCAUUUUCUGACACCUCACGUUGAAAUCUCAAUGGCUGAUAAUAAUGAUAACAAUUCAAUGCGAUUGGCAUCAACAAAUGGAACAAGCAAUGACCAUUCAAAUUCACAACCAACAACAGUAACCGCAACAACCUCAACCGGAUUGGAUAUCCAGGCAAUUGUGCGUCCAUUAAAUACGAGCGGUGGAUCACCAUCCUCACCACAAUCGGCUGAUUCCAAUUCAAAUGUACCAUCGAGCUCACACUCGUCAAUAUUAACAAAUGAAGUUCAAAGUUCACGUCACUUAAUCUUUGAGAAUGCUAUAAAACCAUCGAUAAGUUUAAUUCCAAUUAAACAGGAACCAACAACAAAUGAUGACUACUCAUCAGACAGUACAUUGAGCAAUAGUAAGAGCAACAAUCAACGAUCACUCACAUCAACACCAAUGCCUCACAUCACAGAUUCGUCAUCACAACAAGCAUCCAUAAAUGCAUCGUCAUCAACAGCAGUCCAAAAUUCAUCAGGUGUUAGCAAUUCAACCGAAAGUGUUACACCUACUUCAAGUCUAGCCUCAAUGAUUAAAGUAUCACCAUUAAAGUCAUUGUUGCGUGAAGAUCUCAAGCGUCGAAUUACAGCAAGAGCAAAUAAUCGUGUAGCACGCGGUAGUAUAUGUGGAAAUAGUGGUAAUGGUGGAUUUGGAUCAUCACUAUCGUCAUCAAACUCAGGAAUAUGUAAUAGUUCAAAUACAAUGAUUGUAUCACCCGAGCCUGUUACGCCGACAACAUCAAAUGGUACAAUAACAUCAACAGGAGCUGACAAUGAUACAAAUGUAUAUGGAUUAAAUUCAAAAAAAAGGAAUUUAAUGUGUACAUAUUGUGGCAUUGAGUUUCCCGAUCAAACACUCUACUUCUUGCACAAAGGAUGUCACAGUGAGUCUAAUCCCUGGAAGUGUAAUAUAUGCUCCGAAACAUGUUGCAAUGUUUACGAGUUUAAUUCACAUUUGCUUAGUAAAAGUCAUCAAUGAGGAUUUGAAUAUCUCGUCUAGAGAUAAUGAUUGACUUAAACUAAUGCUGCAAAGAUUAAAA